CACUUACCGCCACACCAGCGGUAAACUCGGAAGUGUCCUGUUCAAGACCCCAAGAUGCAACACCUUGUGCCGUUCUUCGUCCUUGGUCUAGCAGCAUGUGCUCUCAUUGUAUCUGGGGCGACUGUGAAGAGUGGAUGGUACGAACUGAAAGACGCCCAGCCCAUCCAACAUAUGAAGAAAAAGGAUGACCAACAAAUCACGCAGAACGCGCACUCUGACAACAACGCUGACCACAACGCUGACAUUAGCUCGGACAGUAAAGCUGACAUUAGCUCGGACAGUAAGGCUGAUAUAAGCUCGGACAGUAAGGCUGAUAUAAGCUCGGACAGUAAGGCUGAUAUAAGCUCGGACAGUAAGGCUGAUAUAAGCUCGGACAGUAAGGCUGAUAUAAGCUCGGACAGUAAGGCUGACAUAAGCUCGGACAGUAAAGCUGACAUAAGCUCGGACAGUAAAGCUGACAUAAGCUCGGACAUUAGCUCGGACAGUAAAGCUGACAUCAGCUCGGACCAAAUCGAUCACAAUCAGUCUUCCAAGGAUAUGCACCACGACAUAGACCAGGAAGAUGAGAAAGCGGAGUCAAUUAUCGAUAUCCGAAACUCACAGCAGAUAGACGAACCAGAAGAACUCGCAGCUGAGGGACCGCUCUUAAAGGCCGGUGUAAGAUUUGUGACGUCAACUGUAAAGACGAAUGGUCCAAAGGAACUUAAAGUCUAUUCAGCUUCCACAUGUUCCGCCAUGCGGGGAAAGGAUGUCUCCGUAAGCGUUCUACUUAUGAACAACCAGAACUGGAACCCGGAUAACGGAGUGGUCUAUUUCUACGUCACCAACAAAAUGAGACCACAUGAGAGAGUGACAGGACCCAAAGUUCUCUGCAGCAACACUCGACCGGGAAAACCCCCAAAGUACAAGUGUAAGAUUAGGGGCUGGGACUCCAAGCGAGACUUGUACGUGUUUACGACCACUGGUGACGUCAUGGCCGUCAGCUACUCCAUCAUUGUGGAGUUCAAAGAGCGCAAGAAACAUUACGAGAAGCACGAGGACGAGAGAGGGUUAGUAGGCGACGAGUUCCGGCCGUUCACCAUGCCAAGUGCUGCGCCGUAUCGUCUUGUCCAAACCGUCUUCAUCAAACAAACCGUCAAAAUGCCCUACCAGACCAACGUCCUCAUCAAGAUGUGGUGGUGUCCUGGUGAACACAUGAAAAAAUACAAGAUUCAGAGCACGGUGCUUGGUGUUGGACUGCAGAGCUCUUUCAACCAAUACGUCUGUCACCGCCGUCCUUGCACUAUUGACGGGCGCAACGUAAUCGCCAGCAACCCCAACCAGCUGCCAAUGAACAUGUUGACUGUGAACGCGGGAGGCAAACAUGAGGAGCUUGAUAACAUGUAUGUCCUGAUACGGUGUUGGGGCGGGGACUACGAUCCCAAAGCCAAGGACUAUACCGGAAAGUUUCAAUAUGGCGCUCUUCUACGACGGGACUAAAAAAAAGAGACCAAAGGACUAAACUAGGGCAUAUCAGAUCUUACGCCUUUGUCACUUAAUAGGAUAAAUGAAAUUUCUGUUACGGACUACUUAGAACAUAUCUCGCAAUGAAGGCAUCUCCAAGUCAUCAAUUGUAUCAAACUUGAUCAUACUCUUGAAAAUUGUAGAAUUGGAUCCCUUGCCCGUAGACAUGGCGUAUUUUGGCUGUGUCGACUUAAUAUUUCAAUAACCAUGAAAUAAAGGAACUCGAGAUCCCGAUUUGUGACAUUUUGUAUCAUCUUGUAUAAUACGUUGUAACCAUCUUUGCCAGUCGUAAAAACUUCAUCAGUCCAUAAGCAUUUACAUCAGUUUCUCAAAGUUUGUUGAAAGGAUUCUCAUAUUGAACUUCACGUCAAGCCGAUUUCAUUUUGCUUUCCAUCGUUAUAACUUUUGAUUUAACGGUAAGCAUUGCAUUGCAUACGUUCAUUUCUUAGGUAAGCUUGAUGCGUGUUAAUAGAAUUGUCAGCGUCUUCCUCUUGUUUAAUAAAGUUGAGCCACAUCAACCCGUGUA